AUGAAUUCAUUUGCGUUCCUCAUUAAACGGUUCUUACCUGUGGCGAUUCUCAAUCGAAUUCUUCAGAUCAGGAACUUAUCUUUCCUCAAUGCAUUGUUCUCUGUUCUCUUCUGCGAAGAAUCAACAUGGCGCCUUCUGCUAAAACAUCUCUCUAAUUGUCCCUUCAUUUCUCUUUCCUUCUCUCUCUCUCUACUUCCUUCUCCCUCUUUCUCUCCCCGUAACUCCACCCCACUCUCUCUCUCUCUCUCUCUCUCUCUCUCUCUCUCUCUCUCUCUCUCGCCACUCUUUAUAUCUUUUUCUCUUCUUUCUCAUAACAGAUACGCUCUUUCGCAUGCUCACGGCCAAAUAACGUUCCAGCACCGAUUCCCCUACGAUCAGCGAAGUCCAGAAAGAGGGGGAAGGGUCCGUUCAUAUCUAUCUAUCUAUCUAUCUAUCUAUAUGUCUGUUUAUAUCUAUCUAUAUAUCUCCCAUUCUUUUGAUCACUCUCUAUCUUUUUCAGUCUGUUCAUAUCUAUCUAUCUAUCUAUCUAUCUAUCUAUCUAUAUAUAUAUAUAUAUAUAUAUAUGCUUAUAUCUAUCAAUUAUCUAUCAAUCUAUGUAUUCUGUUUAUAUUUAUCUAUAUCCCUCAUUCUGUUUCAUAUCUAUCUAUCUAUCUAUCUAUCUAUCUAUCUAUCUAUCUAUCUAUCUAUCUCUUUCUAUACCUUGAACGUGACCAACAUAUCUAUCUAUCUAUCUAUCUAUCUAUCUAUCUAUCUAUCUAUCUAUCUAUCUAUCUAUCACUUCAGUAUGUUCAUAUCUAUCUAUCUAUCAAUCUAUAUAUCUCUCUCUAUCUAUUUCAGUCUGUUCAUAUCUAUUUCAGUCUGUUCAUAUUUAUCUAUCUCAGUCUGUUUAUAUCUAUCUAUCUAUCUAUCUAUCUAUCUAUCUAUCUAUCUAUCUAUCUAUCAUUCUGUUCAUAUCUAUCUAUUUCUCCCAAUCUCAUUCUAUAUUCUGUUUAUAUCUAUCUAUCUAUCUAUCUAUCUAUCUAUCUAUCUAUCUAUUUCAGUAUGCUCAUAUCUAUCUAUCUCAGUCUGUUUAUAUCUAUCUAUCUACCUGUAUGUCUGUCUAUCUAUCAUUCUUAUGUUUAUAUCUAUCUAUCUAUCUAUCUAUCUAUCUAUCUAUCUAUCUAUCUAUCUCUUUCAGUCCAUUCAUAUCUAUCUAUCUAUCUAUGUAUUUCAGUCUGUUCAUAUCUAUUUGUCUAUUUCAGCCUGUUUAUAUCUAUCUAUCUAUCUAUCUAUCUAUCUAUCUAUCUAUCUAUUUCAGUCUGUUCAUAUCUAUCUUUCUGUCUCCGUUUAUACUUAUCUAUCUCUCUAUAUAAAAAAAUCUAUCUAUCUAUCUAUCUAUCUAUCUAUCUAUCUAUCUAUCUAUCUAUAUAUAUAUAA